AUGACCCCCUUUGGAGUGUACACGCCCACAAGAGUGCUUAUGGGCCAGACCGACGCGGUGGCAUUCUGUCAGUCGGCGGUGGACUUCAUGUUUGCCGACUUACUGUUCAAGGGACUCCUAGCCUGGCUCGACGACAUGCUUGGCUACGCCGAGAACUCCAAAGACCUCCUCGACCAAGUCCUCACGAUCUGCUCCUCCUUCGGCCUGAAGCUCAACCCGAAGAAAUGCGACUUCUUCCUGACCAAGGCCAUCUGGUGCGGUAAAGUCGUUUCAACUGAAGGCGCCCAGCACUCCCCCACAAGAAUCCAAGGACUGUGUGCGCUCGCGUCGCCCGCCAUGGCCGCCGACAUCCAACAGUUCGUGUGCGCGACCAACUGGAUACGGUCCAGCAUCCCCUGCUACACUGAGCUUGUGGCGCCGUUGAGCGGCAACUUGAGUUGCAAAAUCCCGCGUUUCAUGAAGGAGCUGACCGCUGACCAGCGACAUGCUGUCGUAGACCACCUCCUCAUUUGGCAACGUGCCAACGUGUCGCUGGGUGGCGACAACUUGCCCAUCCGCGAAAUGGUAUGUGAGCACACUGCCAGCAUGAAAAAAGGUCGCGUCGGGCGCAAACAAAAGUACACCGACCUUCCAGAGCGUAUAGGCGCUGUGCCAGCGUCGCAGAGUACAACAAUCGCGUACGUUGCCCAUGCCAUCGGAAUACCACCGAGUACACUCAAAGACUUCUACAAACGUGGACUUAUGGUAAAGUACAACUCUAACGUCAAGCCCAAGUUGACCGAUGUCAACAAGACUGCCCGCGUCAAAUGGACCGUCGAAUUCGUGGAGCCCACGUACGCGUUCUACGACAUGUACGACUACGUACACGUAGAUAAGAAGUGGUUUCACGCCACGCGAAUCCGUUCCCGGCAUUACCUGCUGCCUGGAGAGGACCCCCCGCAUCGGUCGACCCAAAGCAAGCGAUUCAUCACCAAGGUGAUGUUCUUGUCGGCAGUAGCGCGGCCUAGAUGGGACAACGCCAAGUCAGAAUGGUUCGAUGGCAAGAUUGGCACGUGGCACUUCACCCAGCAUGUUCGGGUAACAAGUUCGUCGAGAAACCGUCCGGUCGGCACAAUAGAGCUGCGGCCUGUCAACGUGACGCACCCUGUGUACAAGAAGAUGCUCAUCGACAACGUCAUACCUGCAAUCAAGGCUCUUUGGCCGGCGGAGUGUUCGAGGACCGUAUUCAUCCAGCAGGACAAUGCACACCCGCACGUUCCACCUAGCGACGCCGAUAUUGUCAAGGCCUACGCACCACUCGAACACCUACGGGAGGAUAUCGUGAGUGCGACGAACAACGCGUGGAAGGACGUGGACCCAUGGGCUUUGGAAUGCAACUUUCUGACGCUGCAAUCAUGCUUGCGUGAGAAGUGUGGCCGUCUACCCGAGUCUGUCUUCUGCGGCAAAGAGAUCUACGACGAUGGUUGCACUCUGCUGGGCCAGCAUGACCUGAGCAGCGUCAUGCUUGAGCUAUCUCUGCAGACAGCCCGCGACUUGGAAAUGAGCGACAUAUUCACAGCAUUGGAAACGCUUGACAUGGAUGACCAGGAUGAAUAA